UUUAUUUAUUCCUGAAUUAUUCCUGAAUUAUUCCAGCGAAGUAUGGAAAGUAUUCUAGCUUACGACAGUGAUUCAUCGUCUGAAGGGAGCGAUGAGUCUCCAAAUAAGAAACAAAAGGUUACAGAAUCUGAUGACAUCAAAGUUUGCGAGGGAAACAAUAGAAAAACUGAAAAGUUAGAAUCUUCCAUCAAGCCUGCAGUGCAAGUUAGAUUACUUUCAAGUAACCUUUCCGAAUCAAAACAGAUCGCAAAUACCUCUUAUUUAUCCGAAAUUACUCAAAAUGAUUUCUCUGACCGUUUAAUUGAUGAUAAACACGAAACACAUUCGCGAGAUUUUUUCCGGACUAGUGCUGAUAAGAAUGCGAAAUCUCCGGCAUUGUUCAAUUCAGCAAACCAGAAAACGAUGUCAUCUUCAAACAUGACAGGACCAAAUGUUAAACCUUACGUGUCCAAGAGACAAAGAGAAAGAUUGGCUCAAGAAAAGUCCUUAAGUAUUAUGGCGAAUCAACCGUCACAAGAGACUGAUUUAACCUUGACAAAUGGCUCAUUUAAAGGAGCAGAUUAUCACCCAGAUAAAAAUGAAUUUUCAAACCGUAAGGACACAGAUCAAGUAUACAGACCAUCAAAGAAGUUGCAUUUAAAUCUUAAAGGUCACACAAAGGGUGUAAACUGUGUCAGAUGGAAUGUUACAGAAAGUUAUCAUCAUUUGUUGUUGUCUGCAUCUAUGGAUCAUACAGUUUGUGUUUGGGACACACGGGAAGGUGGAGCUUGUAUGCAAAGUUUGGCAAAUCAUACUGAAGCAGUGAAAGAUGCUAAAUGGAGUCAUUGUGGGUCACAAGUAUUGAGUUGUGGUUAUGACAAAAGUGCAAGACUCUUUGAUGUAGAAACAGGACAGGUAAUCAAAGUGUUUCCACACAAAAAUUAUGUGACUUGUGUCCAGUUUCAUCCUAGUCACCCAGCUCUUUUUUUAGCUGGAACUUUUAAAUCUUCCAUCCUAUGUUGGGACAAAAGGACAGGAAGUGUAAGUGCACAGUUACCAUAGUUACUGGAUUGAUGUUU